AUGGCGAACUAUGGCAUCUCCGCGCGCCUCUUGCGCCUGGGCCGUCCAAAGCGCUUCUUCUACACGAUGACGCUCUCGACGGGCGCCAGUCUCAUUACCCUCUCGAUGCUGGUCAAUAAACUCGCUGGCCUCUACGGCAUUCUUGCGCUCUUUACGGGAUACCACCUAUCGCCCUUCCAACUGUCCAUGUACAUCUACUCGACCGUCGCACUCGUCCUUACUGCCUACCUUGCACGACAUAUCCGAAAACAAUCGCCCCUGCAGUGCCUUGCGCUGGCUUGGUUUUACAUCUUGGACAGUAUCGUUAACGCCGCAUACACCGCCGUCUUCGCUGCGACAUGGUUCUUGGUGCUGGCACAGCAUGACGCAGGGAAGACGGACAAGAAAGGACCUGGCGCAUCGACUAUGGACCAAGUAUCGGGAUUCACGGAUCCACAACUCAAUGUCUCGAGAGUAGAAGUCGUUGCCACACCCCAGCCUCCCAUGACGGGUGGUGGUCAGGACGCUGUCGCCGCUGGGGUCCCUGCCACCAACGCUGCGGGCAGCGGAAGCAACGGCGCCCUGCAAUCGGCCGUCUUGGACUCGCAAAACAUGAAUUCCGUGGGUGUUAUUAUUGCCAUGUGGACCAUCCGGGCUUAUUUCUGCUUGAUCAUGCUCGCUUUCGCCCGUAUGGUCAUCCGACAACAUAUUGCCUCGAGCGGAUCUAAACUGGGCGUCGAUUAUACCACCGCAUCAAUAAACUCCCAAUUAGCAGAGAAUCCAUUCUCUGAGAGCAGACCAGAGGGAAAGGGUUGGGGAGGCAAACUUGGUCGCUUUAUGGUCGGCAUUGGCCGAAGUUAUUGGCUGGGCAGUGACGAAGAUGAUAGCUGGAUGAACGGCAUGGGUGGGAAAUUCCGAAAGAGUGGUAUUGCCGGCGACGAAAAUGGGUUCAUGCUCAGUAAAAUUGAGAGUGGACCUACGGAGAGGGAAAGGAGAAGACGAUCGGGAACUGGACCGCCAGCACCGGCCCCAGGUGUUGUGCCUGGUGUCGCUACGGUGGAGGGAGACAAGAUGACUUUGCAGAUUCCCCCGCAGAACAACUAA